AUGGAAGCUGAAUUGGAAGCAGUUAUAUUGGCAGGAGCAGAUGAGGAGGAAAUAGAACAUAUCAUCCUCCAUAAUAUAUUUAUUGAUAGAGGCAUUACUCAUACAGCACAAUUCAACUUGGAAAACUUGCCAGAUGAAGUAAUAAGACUAAAUUUUCGAUUUGAGAGGUCUGACCUUCAUAGGCUGAUGGCUGUUUUACGAAUACCUUCAGAAAUUGUCACUAUCACACGUAAUAAAGUGGAUGGUUUAACAGCAUUGUGCAUUCUACUAAGACGGCUGGCAUAUCCAAACAGAUUGUGUGAUAUGGUCCCUAUGUUCCACUUGUCAACUCAGUCUUUGUCACAAAUCAUAAAUAAAUUGAUAAGUGUGAUUAUGGAGGAGCAUGCUGUACUUCUCAACAAUUUGAAUUCAUUGCAGUGGUUUAAUAGGGAGAAGUUGGAGUAUUAUGCACAGGCUAUUCAUAAUAAAGGAGCACCUAUGAAUAAUUGUUGGGGUUUCAUCGAUGGUACAGCAAGGAAAAUUUGUCGACCCUCUGAAAAUCAAGAAGAGUAUUAUUCAGGACACAAAAGGUAUCACUGCAUAAAAUUCCAAUCAAUAAUUUGUCCUGAUGGAAUUAUUGUUAGUUUGAAAGGCGCAUAUCCGGGAAGAAGGCAUGAUGCCAGAAUAUUUAGGGAGUCAGGUAUCUCUGAAGAAUUAGUGCAAAAGACAUGUUUUGACACAAGACGAUUUGUUUUAUUUGGUGAUCAAGGAUAUGGGCUGAGUGAUGUGCUAUUUACCCCAUUUCAUGGCAGAAUGGAAGAUUUACCUGCCCAUCAGCAGAGUUUCAAUUCUGCUAUGAAAGUUCUAAGGAUAGCAGUAGAAUGGGGUUUUCAGAAAGUCAUAUCAGAAUUUGCCUUUGUAGAUUUUUCAAAAAACCAAAAAAUGCUACUUCAAGACGUUGAUGCUUUAUACAAGGUGGCUGUACUACUUACUAACUGCCAUACAUGCCUGUAUAGUAGUCAGACUGCUAUAAAAAGAGCGUUAACUGCUAAAGAACUUGAAGAAAAGCUUUUCAAGACACCGGUUCCGAGUAUAAGUCAGAAUCGGAUAUUUCAUCUGAAAGUGAUUUGGCGCUUCCUGCCCGUCGUACUACACGUAAACGCAAAAGGAACAACCAACAGAAAGCUAAAAACGAUAUGCCUGAUGUUGAAAUUCUUAGCGUAG